UGAUGGCCCACCUGUCUUUUCCCUUUGCCAUCCUUCCCACCUGAGAGCAUCCCCAUUCACGCUCACCAGGUGGUCGUUGAAUGCUCUUGCCAGACACGUCUUGCUCAGCGCCUCCACCCCAAGAUGAACGGCCGCACCUCACAGCUCCCCGCAGGCAGCGAGGUCCCCUCCUUUGGCUCGCUCGAUGCAGCAGGCAGCCACCCACACCCACACCCACACCACACUCCCGUCCACUUCACACAUGCCUCCUCCUCGUCCUAUGCGAUGCACCGCGGUAUGCCCCCGCACGUGUCGGGCAGCACACCGUACUACUCGCCGCCCCUCCCGUCGAUGGGCAUGAGCCAAGGGGGCAUGUCUGAUAUGUCAGGCCCGGGUAGCACCAUACCCCACCGUCAGCCUCCGCUAUUCCCACACAACCACCGGUACGCAGCUGCAUUCGCACAAGCGACCACAGGGUCAGCGUCGGCUCCGUCAACAUCAGCAGCAGCAACGCCCGCCAACGAGUCGUCGACGCUGGCCUACUCGGCCACGGGCAAGAAGCGCAAGCGCCUCCAAAAAGCGUGCGUCGCAUGCCACAAGGCCAAGCGCCGCUGUGACGGCGGCCUGCCAUGCUCCAACUGCGACUUUAGCGGCCGCACAUGCUGCUACUCCGACGCAUCUGGCAACAUUGUUCCGCCGACGCCAACAGCUCGUUCCGUGCAUUCACGCUCGUUGAUGAACCCGUCAGCACAAGCACAAGGCAGCAACGUCGCUACAGUACCAGCACCAUCCCCAGUGCCAGCUCACGCACGCUCACGCAUCGUGGCCUCCUCGUCCAAACUCUCGUCGAGCCGCUCGCAGGAAGGCUUGAGUCCCGUACUCGGCGGCCGCACCACGGCAUCUGUGCCAGCCCCGCUCGAGCCGAGCAAGGAACACAGCAUGCAGCUCAUCAGCAACUUUUUCACAUACGCCUUUCCCCUGAACCAAGCGCUCGAAGAGGUUGUCUUCCUCCGCGACCUCCAGACGGGAAACGUAUCUGAGCUGCUACUCCUCUCCAUCUAUGCCCUCGGCGCGCGCUACCUCGACACAGGCGCGGCGGCCGCCGAGUCGGACGCCUAUGCCUGGCGAGUACGCCACCUCUUGUGGCUUGGCAGUGAGCAUGACGCGCAUGAUGAAGGCGCCGCUGUCAGCAUGGACGCUGUACACGCACACUGCCUGCUCGCCGCUUGCGACCUGCUCAGCGGCCGCCACCAGCGCGCAGCCCUCAGUGCCGCGUCCGCUAGCCGGCUCCUGGCGCUCCACGGCAUGGACCGCGUCUCGUCCUCGCCCCUGGCCGCUUCGCCAGCUUCCGGCAGCACGAACGCGCCACGGCCCCCACGCAGAGGCUCGAUGCUGCGCCGUCUUGUCCUCAUCGCGCACCUCCUUGACGUCCUCGCCGCCGUCUUCACGCGCCAGCCCCCCGCGGUCGAGGCCGGCGCGAGUGAGCGCUUCUUUGCGCUGUUCCAGCAGCACCAAGAGUCUGACGACGAAGCCACGCUCGCUCUCCUACACCUAUACGCCUCCGUCGACGUCUUCCGCAAGGCGAUGGACAUUGCACGCUCUCCCGCGGCUGCCCCUUCCACGCCAAGCGACACGCACCGCCGCCGCGACAGCGCGUCGGAGAGCGGCCACAGCGCGCUCGCCGCGUGGGCUGAGCAAUUGCCUACCUGGCUCCUGUUCAAUGAGGCGCUCCUCCGCCGCACGCGGCGCGACCUGCACGACGCGUUCGCCCAGUCGCGCACCGUCGACCCCAUCUUAGCCAGCUGGACCCUAAUGCACUUGUUCGCCGAGACGAGCAACCUGAUCCUCAGCCUGCGCGUCGCGGGUGAGUCGAGCGGCCUCACCGCUGCGCAAACCAACAUUGCCUUCAUUCUCGACGCCAUGGGCCCCACCGGCCGCGCGACGAGUAUCUUCGCCUUCCCCCCCGCCCUGGCCGCCGCGUGGUCACCCUCGGCGGCGCCGAUGCGCGCCGCCGACGAGCAGCUCGAGCACUUCUUUGCCGAGUGCCGCCAGCGCUACGGCGCCCUUACCGACGCGCAGCUGUAUGACCUUGCGCGUGGACUCGGCCUCGACGCGCGCCAGACUCUCGUCGCUUCGUACGCGACGGGGGCAGCAACCAGCCCGUUCCGUCUGCACCGCAAUCCCCACGCGGCAAACUCUGCGGCUGUGGCGGCCUCGAACUCCUCCGCUGGCCUCUUCCUCCCACCUCUGCCUGCCCUCCGGCUCUCGCCUGCGUCCAGCGCGUCGCACAACACCACGUCGCUCCGCCUGUCGCCCAUCUGCAAUGGGUACAGCAACGGUAACGGUGCCAGCGCCAGCAAUGCCUUGGAUGCGCACAACAGGCACGGCAGUCGCUCACCGCCUACGCCCGCACUGUCCGCAACGCGGCGCUCGCGAACUGGUAGCCUCUCAUCGCACGACGGCGGCGACAGCCCGCGCGACGGCUACCUCGCCAAGCCGUUCAUGCUCAACGACGGCGGCGCCCCUGCCGCUGCUGGUACCCACCCGGAGAAGCGCACGCGUCUGUCGAGCGACAGUAUGACUUCCCUCAGCGGUCACAUGCAUGCUUCAGCUCGUGUGUGAGGUGCUUUCCGACCGUCAGAAUCACGGUGAUCACGUUUCACUUGGAGUGUAUUUGUUUUGGGUGUCUGCUGCUGUGCAGACGGUGAUUCCUCAAAGUAGCAUUGUAGCAUGCGGUAGAAUUGGCUAACUUGGCCGGGCUUGUACUUUAUGCACACCUGUAUUUGUAAAGGGAUUUUAUUUCAGAACAUUGAAGG